CUUCCUGUCUCACACCCUCCCAACGCUCUUUCCCCCUAUUUCUCUCUCUCCCCCUCUCUCUAUCCCGUCGACGUUACUUCUUGCGACCUUGCCCUCUCCUGGACCAGUGGAAAAUGUGAUUGGAGGGCAAAAGGGUUGGUAGUUGUCGGGCUUCAGGCACCAUGAAUGUGUGUAACAGUACUGACCUGCCGGAGCUUGAGAUUAUCAGCUUAUUGGAGGAACAACUGCCGGUCUACAAGCUGAGGGCCGACACCAUCUUCGGCUAUGAUCAGGAUGACUGGCUGCACACGCCGCUCGUGGACCCCAACUCGGCCCUCGACCUCACCACUGAACAGAUAGAGGAGACCCUCAAAUACUUCUUGUUGUGUGCUGACAGAGUGGGCCAGAUGACGAAGACCUACAGUGAUAUCGACGCUGUCACUCGACUGCUGGAAGAGAAAGAGCGAGACUUGGAGUUAGCUGCUCGCAUCGGACAGUCGCUGCUGAAGAAAAACAAGGCGCUCAGUGAGAGGAAUGAAGUACUGGAGGAGCAAGUGGAGCACAUACGAGAGGAGGUAUCUCAGCUGCGCCAUGACCUGUCCAUGAAAGAUGAGUUGUUACAGUUUUACACCAGUGCUGCAGAGGAAAGUGAGGGAGAGUCCACCACCUCCACACCUGUGCGUCCCAGUGAACCCAAUGUGUCAACUCCUACUUUUUUCCCCCUGGACUCCUUGCAGAAGAAACUCAAAGAUCUGGAAGAGGAAAACAAAUCAUUGCGAUCUGAGGCGAAUCAUUUGGAGACAGAAACUAUCUCCUAUGAGGAGAAAGAACAGCAGCUUGUCAAUGAUUGUGUCAAAGAGCUACGUGAUGCCAACCUGCAGAUCUCCUCUCUGGCCGAAGAGCUGGCCAGGAAGACUGAAGACGCCUCCAGACAGCAGGAGGAAAUCACACACCUCCUCUCUCAGAUAGUAGACCUGCAGAAGAAGGCCAAGCUUUAUGCUGUGGAGAACGAGGAGCUGACUCAGCACUUGGGUGCAGCCAAAGACGCCCAGCGACAACUCACUGCUGAGUUGAGAGAGUUGCAGGACAAGUAUGCUGAGUGUAUGGAGAUGCUCCACGAAGCUCAGGAGGAACUGAAGAACCUGAGAAAUAAAACUCUGCCACUCAGCACACCGAGGCGUUUCCAUUCUCUGGGUCUGUUCCCGAUGGACUCUUUGGCAGCAGAAAUAGAGGGCACCAUGCGGAAGGAACUUCAGAUGGAUGAUCCAGACGUAGAAGAGCAGAGAUUGCACCCAAAGCGAGUGUUCCAGACAGUGAAAAACCUCAACCUGAUGCGUCAGCAGCGUUCUUCUCUGGCCCCCUCCCCUCUCAAUAUCCCGGGCUCCAAUCAGACUUCGUGCUUCACCUCAGGACGCUCCAGCAGGGUGGGCACGCCUCGCUCAAACUCCAUUUAUGGCAGCGAGACGGGAAGCGGGAUCAUCCUGGACAACAGGACCGGCAGUAUCCUGGAGACUCCCGACGAUGGGUCAGAGGAUUCUAACAAGCGCCCCCCUGGUACCCCUGGGACCCCAGGCAGCAGGGACCUUGAGGCAGCCCUGCGGCGUCUGUCCCUCCGACGUGACAACUACCUCUCAGAAAAACGCUUCUUCGAGGAAGAGAGGGAGAGAAAGCUGGCUUACCUGGCCAAAGAGGAGGAGAAAGGAGGCAGCGAGGGCAGUGGAGGCCCAGGGACCCCAACAGAGAGCUUGCUGUCGCUGUGCUCGCAUCCCUCCAUCGGGAGCAUCUGGUCAGGAUACUCAUUCACAGCGAGGUCCUACCUGCCGGAGAAGCUGCAGAUUGUAAAGCCGCUAGAAGGCUCGGCUACACUCCAUGCAUGGCAGCAGCUGGCUCAACCUCACAUGGGCGCUCUGCUGGACUCUCGGCCUGGCGUGGUCACAAAGGGCUUCCGUACUUUGGCGCACGAGCAGGACCAGGAAGACAGCUGGCAGCUGGACCAACCAGAGGAGGAUGAAAUCUCAUGUGACUCAUUUACAGGCUUGUUGGAAGAGUGCUCUGGUCCCAUGGAUCUGCCUUGCUCUACCUCGACUCCUUUGGUCUGCUUCAACAAAAAUGGUGACGCUGACGACAGUAGCCAGUUCGAAACACCGAAUGGAGCAAUUUGCGGGGCUAGAGAAGCAGUUCGAGUAAAAGACGGACAUGUUCCAAGCAUGCCCCUUCCACUCUCCGCCCCUUCUUCGCCGCUCCCCUCUUCUUCCGAGAUCAACGGGCAAGUGGACCUCAAGGAGCUCCAAGCCUUACAGCCCAGCACUGUGGACCGCAUGCCUGUUCAUUUCCCAGGGAAGUGUAUGUCGCAUACUAGCUCCACAUACACCUUCACCACCUGCAGGAUUCUCCACCCCUCUGAUCAGCUGACCUCUGUGUCCCCCAGCUCAGCCAUAGGUUCUUGUCAGAGCAGCGCCUACAUCGGCACACCUACCCUGAGCCCCUCCCCGAUACCCUUCUCAGCCCCACCCACGCCUUCCUACACCCCCUGCUGCACCCCACGCCGCCUCUCCCUCUCGCUGUCGCUAGCCGAGUCCUCCACCAACCUUCGGGACUCCACUAAGACCACCAGCACCUCUCUAGGCCUGGUGCGCCUCCUGCUGGAGCGUGGGAUUUCUGCCUCCGUAUAUAACCCCUGCAGCUGGGACCGAGUGUUGGAUGCUGGUGGAGCUUCGCCGUGUGUGGUUGAAGCGCAGCCGCAGAGGUGCGCAGACAGACCGGAGGAGGGUGAAAUCAGACGGUUACGGAAACGUCCAGAGUCCCUCUUCCUUGAACCCUCAACACCCCCCAGCUCACCUCGCUCCAAGUCGGCUUCCUCCACCUCUACACGCCCUGUGUUUCAGUUCAGCCCCUCCAGCGAUGACCCGCCGUACUACGAUGCCUUCCUUGCCUCAAAACCAGCUCGUACCAUUCUGAGGGAAGUGCUGGGGGAGGCAGAGAGAGAGCGGGGGGACCAGGCGGAUGAUGACAGCCAAACAGAGAUGAUGAACCUGCGGCUCGUGGACAAACUGAAACGUUUCCGCACCCUUUCCCCGCAUUCUGCUUCGGUUUCAUCCGGGAGUACUCUGUUAGCCCCCUUUGGCUCCACCGGAUUAGGGAACAGUGCACUGGGUGGGGGGCUUCCAGGUUUGAACGCAGGACUGAGAAGGAAUCGAAGCUAUCCUGCCAUGGUGGGGGCCAGCAUGGCUAUGAAAGACCCAGGAGGGCCCCCCAGUACAGAAAUACUCAUACCACAUACGAUGCAAACCCCACAUGCACAACACGCAGUGCAUACACAAGAAAUGGGCAAAGUGCAAACAAAUCACACACUGGUGGCAAAGGCCAUACAGAUACCACAGACUCUACAUGCACUGGAAACAGCCACACCACAGACGAUAAUACAGAGACACACCAUACCAAAUGGUGACCUGCGGGAUUCACCAAGACACGGCCAACACGACGAUGACGAAACUGGGACAUAAUCAGUAAUAUUCAGUGCAUUAGUCCAUAUUUCAACAUGCGAUCUCAAGUAUUUUACAGUACAACACUCAUGUGCGCACAUGCAUUUAUUUGCAAACCCAAAUACCAUACACAUGCAGCUACAGCAGCCCCGAACGAAGUAACUAAACAGUCCGCCCACAGACUCACUCAAACGGCUACUUAUCCUUCUCAACAAUCAUCGAUCUGAUCAGUGAGAACUGAAUAAAAUAAGGUGGCGAAUAAAGCAGUAGUGGCUGAAACUGUUACACUGUGUUAUAUUCUGUCAGGCCAGACUAAUGCUGAUGGAGUAUGUUGCCUUCCUUCGUGUGCAUUUUAACUGUAUAUUGUAUAUGAAUUAUACUGUGUCAUAUAGUAUAAUAUUAAAGGCCCAAUCUGGUGCAGAGUAUUUUUCCCCCCUAAAUCUGUAGUUUUGUUUCAUGAAUGAGUGCACUACUGGGGAAAAAAACCCCGAACAUUCUAUGUGCUUCAGUAAAAGGCAGCUGAGCUUCUUUUGAUGUUUCACAUUCAUUCAAGAGGCUUCCUUAGUUCUUGCUAACUGGUGGUGAGUUCCAGGUAUUUAUUCUAAUUAUCAAGUCACUUGGUUAAUGGUCACUUAAUGACCUGAGGUGUGAAUACUGAUAAAACUAUCUGGGUAGGGAUCUAAAGACUGCAUCAUAAGUACCUGAUAUGUGGUUCCUUAGACUGAACAGAGGAUGGCCUCACUUACAGGGCAGUUUUUAAAUCCCUACCCAGACAGUUUCACCACUAUUCACUCAUCGAGUCAUGUGAGUCUUGGGUAGGUCAUGGGCCGACACCUGUAUUAUUUGGGUUGAAAAUAAACACCUGAAACUUCCCCUCCAGUUGGUUAGAACUGGAAAGGCCUCCUGGAAGAGAGGUGAAAUGUCUUUAAGAAACAAAAAAAAAAGAAGUCCAAUUACCUUCUAGUGAACCAUUUAGGAUUACGAUUACCUUAAUGACUGAGAAUCCUCACAGACAUAUUGAAUCUUAGAUGUGCUGUACUGACCUGAAUAUAUUGUUUUUUUUUCUUUGAGAUUUAUUUGGAAGAAGGUAUACUCCAGUAGGACACAAUAACAAUUUAGCAAAGUGCUGUGUCAUGGGUCGUUUGUGGCUUGAUUGUCGCCAUUUUCUAUCAACACAAAAAAAACUCCUGAAAGCAUUUUACCCAUUAACAACCUUAAGAAAUGACAUGACACAAACAGUACAAAAUGAUUUUUUUGUGUUUUUUUGGCUUUGCUUUUGAAAUUUCAAUCUGACAUCUGUAAAAACUUUGUCAGAGCACCCAAAGAGACAAGCAUUUUGUGCGCACAAAAUGACUAUUUUAUGCGUCAUGCCAUUCCAACGUUGAGUCUGUGAUAUGAGGUGGCCUUGCCAAAGACAGACAGACUAAAGACAACCAAAGCUAAGCCAAGAAGACUUCAUCUGAAAACAUACGUCUUAUUUUCAUGCCUUUAUGGUAUUUUUAAGACCUUACUUGUUUAUGCCUGUACUGCACUGGAGUUAAAUGGAAGCUAUAGUGUCACAUACAGUGGCGAUGGCUCUAGAGAUUAUUGUCUACCAGCAACCCUUUCCCCCGUCUCUAAUUCUGCAAUUUGUACUCUUAAAAAAUAACCCAGAUUGGGGCUUUAAUGUGUCCUCUUGCUGUGACUGAAUGUUCUUAUGUGCCUAAAAACAACCAUACUGUAUCUCAUUGUAAUAUGGGUUUGCAUUUGUUUUGUUCGAUUACUUUAAUAUUCUAAUUUGCCUUUUAUUAUAUGGUAUGCAGUAGAGAUAGAAUAAAUAGGAAUAAUAGCGCAAAAUAAUUUAUUUGCAUCAGAACCUGCCCACACAUGCUCAUUUGAGAUGUUUUCGGUUUGUGUUUUCAUCUCCCGUUGAGUUUUGGACACUGCAGGGAACAUGUAGUACAUUAAUGGUAACACGGAGCAGGUCCACCAGUGAAAACACUGACGACAAACCUGCAGAGAACACAAAACUUCUGUUGUUUUGUUUUUCAUUUUCAUGCAGUCAGUAUAGAUGGAGUCUGACGAAUAUAGGCACAAACAUGUUAAUCCAACAAAAUGCAGAUGGGAGCUGCAGCAUCAGAAAGUACAGUCUGCCGCAAGCACAGCUGAACCCCGAGCUUUCCCUGAAAACCAAAGUUACACCCUGAUAAACCCUCAGAGGGACCACAGUGUCACAGAGUUGAAAUCUGUUUGUGACUGAUUCUUUAUCGCAAUCAUCUCUUUCUUUUUUCUUUUUUUCCAUAUUACAUGUGUGCAUCUUGUGUCAGAGUCAUAAGCAUACAUGCUGCCACCAGGUAAUAUAUUCUGUCAAAACAGGCAUGUGGUGAAAAAAAAAACAUUGAAGCAAUAUUAAACAAUGAGACUUUUCUGAAUGUAACUGUUAAAAGAGUGACUUGAAAUAUCCAAAUGUUGGUUUUAAGAGCCUGAGCUUUCAUGUGUAACAGUUUGUUGCUGAAGGGAAGUUUUGGUUUCGCUGACCCAGAUACAGUAUCGACCGUAUGGACUCAGACUUUGGUGCAUGUUCCUCAUAAGUGUACUUUUAUUUUAUUUUUUUUUUUACCUCUUGCACAUGUUCUCUAAAUCCUGCUUGGGUACAUUUAAAAAGUGAGAAUGUGAGCCUGUCCAGGUGACAUGUUAUCACACAUCAGAGUCCUCAUGCAGCAUUUUAAACUCUUACAUCCGUCAUGCUGAUUACAUCCGUUAAACUCUGAUGGUUCUGUACUGAGUUGGAGUUUGGAUACUGUAACUGGGCCAGUGAUUCAUUAAUGCAAUGAAUGGAUGAAAUGGCUGGCUGUGACGCUGGCAGUGAGCUGAUGAAAUCCUUAAUGAUUAAGGGACUAAACUAGCAGUGAUUGUCGGGUGAGAGAUAAAUGAUCAUUAAGUAUAUUUAUGAAGUACUUAGAUCAUCAGAAGCAAGAAUAUAACUGAAUGACAACUGUACAUGUUCAAGUGCAGGACUUUUGCAGAUGUAUUUAUUUUGAACAGACGUGGAAUCAUUUGUCACUGUGCAGGUUUACGUUCUUCUGCUAGACAUUUCUGUGGCAUGUAGAAUGAAAUGGCUUCUUAGAAACAUUUCCAUUGAAAACAGUGUGCUGCCUGCAAGCCUACAGUGCAUUCAAGACAGUAUUUAAAAACAAAACCAGGUGAGAAGGCUGAAACAUGAAGAAGUUGGUGUGUGUUUGUGUGAGCUUGUUUUUUCUGUGUCACUUCAUCUGAAUGUAAGUUAUUACAAACAGUAAUCUGCUGUAGGGCCGUAUAUUUGUGUACAGUAUUUUUGAUUUAACUUUGGUUUGUUUUAACUUCAUGAGGGGAACUAUUAAUGCAUUGUAAAUGUAUGCAACACAGUCAUGCUAACUUUUUUUUUUUUUUUUUAAAUAAACAAUAGAGAAAAAAGGUAAUUUAGUUGUUUAUUUAUGGUGAAGAGGAAAAAAAAUACUUUUCUGGUCAGGGACUGACGAGUUUUAUUCUACAGAAAAGAUUGUACUGUCAAUAAAAUAAUAAAUACAUAA